CCGGACCCGAGAACCGGGCCGGUCCCGGUCCCGCACAGUAGCGGGCCGGGCCGGUCCACGGGCCGGGUGGCCCGACCCGAGUCCAAACCUACAUGCAUGCAAGCCUAACUAAUAAUAUAAUCUAAUAUUAAAUGCAAAUAACCUAAUGUGCAACUUAACUAAUUGACCCAACUUAGACUAACACUAUUGCAACGGCACACACGCACAUCAGUGCCGCUACAACAUAUGCACGGUGCCACGCGACGCACACUACUUGACACGACUCAUCCCGCCGUGCACUCACACUCUAGUAAAAUGCAUCAAUGACUCAAAAUAAAUUAAAUUAAACACGAUGAAAUAAUAAAUAACAAGGUUAACUCCAACAGCAUUUGCCCUAUGCUGACGAGCUGGAACGGGAAAAAACCCGUGCCUUCUACUUCUCUGUCGACUUUCAGCAAGGCUUUCUCACAAUCUUACUCAGCAAGUAACUAAUUUCUUGCUUCCUUUGCAUCUGCUUGAAACUCCUCCCCUUUGAAUUAUUUUUCCGAUCUUGUUCGUUUGAUUGAACUAUGAGUGCGCAGAAAUUAGCACUACAAGAAAUUCGGAAAUUACUGUCGGAUUUUUGUGUCCGAUAUAAAUUUGGACGGUAAUUAGUGUCGGAUUUAAUGUCGGAUGGUCAUCUGUCAACAAUUGGCGUCCGAUUAAAGCCGCCACUGUUUAGUGACGGAAAGCGUGACAGAUAUGUGAUAGACACUGAUUAGUGGCAGAUAGUAGUGUCGGAAUUAUCCGUCAACAAUUAGAGACGGAUAUAUCCGUCACUAAAAUCCGUCACUAAAUUUGAACUUUAUAUCCCUACCCAUACCACCGACACAUCAUUCCACCACACACAUAUCUUAUCCUUAUCUCUCUAUCAAAAUAAAUCUGGACGGGAUUUCAAGGUUUCUAAAUGAGUCACGAUAGAUCAUGGAUGUACAAAAGGCUUGCAAGACGAGGGGUUCUAAAUGAAGAUUUCAAGGAAGGAGUUACCGAGUUUAUUCAAGCGGCGGUAGACUUAUAUCCAAGCGGUGUUAUUGCAUGUCCUUGUAGAAAGUGCAAGAAUAAAAAGUGGUUGACAUGGGAGAUUGUUAGACAGCAUUUAUUUGAAAAAGGCUUUGUGGAAGACUAUUAUGUAUGGGCAGCACACGGAGAGCCAAACAAUUCAAAUGGUUUAGUUUAUUUGGAUGAGAGUAGCUCAUCUCGUGGUAAUACAUCUGGAGCGCAAUAUGAUCCGUACAAA